UGGCAAAAACAGCACGUACAGGGGCAGCUCUUUGACAACCAGUCUUUACAUUUAUAUGUCUACUUAUAGCUUGCGUUUACGUAGCUAUACCGUUCGAUGUACAUUUUGAUGUGAAACUUCUGCCAACAGGUGAUUCCCGUUGUCAUGACAUCACUAGUGCACACCCUUCGAGACCACCGGGAUGACGUCAACUGCUGCGCGCUCUCCCAAAGUUUACUGGCCACCUGCUCCGGAGACAAAACCAUCCGCGUUUAUUCCCUGCAGGACUUCACGGAGCUGCGCUUCUCUCCUCUCUCCGGUCACGGGUACGCCGUGCACUGUUGCUGUUUCAGCAGCUGCGGCAGAUAUCUGGCGUCUUGCUCCACGGACGCGCUGACUAAGGUCUGGAGCAUGUCCACGGGUGAAGUCGUGUGCGCGCUGCAACACCCGGCGCGCAGUCCCGUGCGCGUUUGCGCGUUCUCUCCAGAUGCGCAGUAUCUGCUGUCUGGCGCGUCUGACGGGACUGUUGCGCUCUGGCAGGUGCCAUCAAAGACCCUGCAGAGAUGUUCUCGAGUCAGUGAGGGUACCGUCCUGGCCUGCUGUUUCUCCCCGUGUGGUCAGAUGUUUGUUACGGGCUCUACUCAGGGAGAACUUCACCUCUGGAGUCUGAACAUGAGCUCUUUAUACAUUCAGAGAGAAGCGCAUGAUUUAGGAGUCAACUGCUGCCAGUUCUCUCCACAGAUCUGCAUGGAUGGUCCAGCGGUAAAGUUUCGAUUGGCCUCCGGCGGGCAGGAUAACCAGCUGAGGGUAUGGAUUGUUUCCCAGCAUGCAACAGCAGGUUAUGUGAUGACACUGACGUUUACUCUCUCUGCUCAAUCUGCUCCUGUCCUAUCGUGUGCCAUCUCCUUUGAUGGACAGCUGCUCGUCUCUGGGUGUUUGUCUCUAAAAACUUUGUCACUUCAUAUAGCACUUCUGAUAAUAUUGCAUAUCACUUCAUUGUUCUCCCCACUGUCGUCUGUGGAUAAAACAGUAACUGUGUAUAAUGCGGAUGGAGGAGAGCUUUUACACACUUUCACACAGCAUGACAGAUAUGUGACUGCAUGCACGUUCUCUCCCUGCAUGCUGAUGUUUGCCUCGGGCUCUAUGGAUAAAACAGUGAAUGUCUGGAGAAUUGAAGAUGGAAAUGCUCAUUCUUCUGAAUGUUUGCAGAUGACAGGAACAGGAAGGAAGUCUCAGGGUUACUCUAUUAUGCUGGUCAGCGAUUGGUCAGAGGAAGAUGUGUGUGAUUGGCUUCGGGACGAAGGGUUAGAAAUGCUGGUGGACACGUUUAGAGCUCAGAACAUUGAUGGGACUGAACUCAUCAGCUUAAAUAAAGAGACACUGGAUGCUUAUUUUAACAUUGAAUCUGUGGGUCUGCGUGGUAAAGUCAUGAGGAAGAUUGAGGAGUUGAGAUCUACACUGAUGGACUCUGACGUUCCAGAUGAGUUUCUCUGUCCAGUCACCAGAGAGCUCAUGAAGGACCCCGUCAUCGCUGCAGAUGGAUAUUCCUAUGAGAGAGAAGCCCUCGAGACCUGGAUCAGAACUCCAAAUCACACAAGCCCAAUGACAAACUUGCCUUUACAAACCAAUAUACUGACACCUAACAGAAGCCUGAAGAUGGCCAUACAGCGCUGGAAGGCCAGCCAGUAACCAACUCAUUGCGCAAAAUUGUCCUUGAGGGAUGGAAUCCUUUCUCAUAAAGCAAUGAGCGAACAGUAGCAAGUCAUUUACUGUUAAAAAGGAAGGUUUAACCAAUCUAACCACACUAACUUACUCCACAAAACGUGUCACAUUUCAGUUCGAAUUCAAAUUUAUUUGCGUUUAGUUGCGUUCAUUCUUUGCUUAAAGGAGUAGUUCACUUUUUUUGAUAAUUUACU